AUGACACAGGCUCAGCUCCAUGCCACUUCACCAUUCGAGAGAGCCCCGGAUGAAGUCCUAAACGAGAUAUUCAUGCAUAUCGCCACGGAGUAUCCAGAAAAUAGUGACUGCGGCCUUCUCACUUGGCCGUACGGCCCUCAUCCUCUACUACCCGUGGUGCAGGUCAACAAGCGAUUCAACGCUGUCGCCAGUCCUCUCCUUGUCCUCAACUGGCGUUUGAGACCGACGGAUAGAAAUGGAGCCAAAUUUGUGCUGCAUCUUCUGAAACACCCAUAUCUGCGCUCCCAGGUGAAGUCCCUGGCUCUGAAUGUGCUCUCGUUCGAACGAGCGCUGCAAGGCGACGACCCCGCCCCACCAUAUAACAGGUGGCCUCAAAGCUAUUGUUCUACAGAGGAAGUCGAGCUGCUCGUCCAAUCUGCUGAGAGAAUAUAUCCUCCCCUGGCAGAUUGGAGGGGUGACGAUGUAGGACUUUCCUGGACAGGCCAAAUUGCACAAAGAUCUCCAGGCGCGAUAGCCGCUCUGGCGGUGGCGUGGGCAACAGAGCUUUCAACGCUUGACUUGACGUUGGACUUUUGGGCUUCGGGAGAGCCCGACCCGUGGUUAAUUCGGCUGGUGAAAAUGGUAGUGGGCGUGCUGUCGGCACCUGAAGGUCUAGAUCGCGACCUUCCAUCACCCGCCAUGUUCACUAAGCUGCGUUGCGUGUCGCUGGGUCACUGGGAUACUGAGGGAUCCAUGGAUGGUCGUAUUGCGGCGCCCUUCUUCCGCCUCCCAGGCCUGCGAGUGUUCAGGGCCUAUGCGAUGGAGGCUGCCGGACUGACCCUCGACGAGGCCGACCCUUCAGGCUCGGGUACUGCAAUACAGCCGCUAGCAGACCAACUAUUUCCCAACGGGACGUCAGAUGUCGAAGAACUCCAUAUAAACCGGUCUUUCAUAACCGAUAACGGAAUCAGGGUUCUGACGAGAGCGUGCAGGCGCCUCCGCGUGUUCAUCCUCCAGUGGGGCGGUUCCCUCGUGUCAGAAGAGGAGUCCGAAUUCUCCAGUGAAUCCAUUGCCAACGCAAUUAGCCUACAUGCCGACUCAUUGGAAGAAGUCUGGAUCGAUUGCUAUGAGGAUUUAUGGGUGCAAUAUUGUGAUAAUGCUGAUCCGGGGAGCCUGGGAGACUGCCUCGUCCAUUGCAACAAGCUGAAGCACCUCGCCAUCGACCUCGUGGUGCUAUACGGGCUCGAUGAUUACGACCAGAAUUGCGCCAGCCAACCUCUGUCAAAAGUUCUGCCCCCGAGCCUUAUCAGCCUGAGGCUUGCUUUUGAGCCAGCGUCAGCAGGGGAUCAGGUCACCCAAGAAAAUUUGGUGGACCUUCUUCGCGAAUGUGGCCCCAAAGGACGCUUCCCAAGCCUCAAGAAUCUUGACCUCACCAGAUGUAUGAAUGAGACCGAAGACUAUCAGGAUCUUUUGGCUCUGGCUCAAGAAGCUGGAGUCGAUUUAAUGCUGCGGAUUAGAUCAGCUGGCUCGGUCGUUCCUCUGCAUACAUCCACAACAGCAGGAUCAACUACUACUGUCGGGUUCUAG